AUGCAUCCCAUACCAUCACUCGACGCGCCAAAACCAAAAAUCUCUGGCGUCCCUGGCUUCUCCAGCAUCCCUGGUCAUUCCGCAUCCUCAAAAAUUAAUUCCAAGUCCACUCGAGCGCUUGGAGUCACUCACCUGGCCCACACCAAUCACGCCUACUGCAGCUCAGCUUACCGCACACCCUAUUGA